CCGCCCGUCCCUGCCCCGCCUGCCCCGUAUCCGCCUCUCCCUCGCCUGCCGGCUCCGCAUGCUCCUCUUCCCACCCUGCCGGCCGCCCGCGGCAUGGCGCAGGGGGAGCCGCGGGCCGCAGCGCCCGGGGCGCGGCUGUGCGCGGCCCACGCCGGGCGGCCGCUGGAGCUGUUCUGCGAGGACUGCGGGAGCUGCGUGUGCGCGCUGUGCCCGGCGCUGGGCGCGCACCGCGGGCACCGCGCCUGCCUCCUGCCGCAGGCCGUCCGCCGCACGCAGGAACUCAUGGCAUUGUGCUUGAAGAAUCUAGAAGAGAGAAAAGAGGAAGAAAAUGGCAACAGAAGGAGCAUAGAGCAGGCUGUAAAUGAUGUGAAGGCACAUGCUGACAUGAUCAAACGGCAGCUGUCAGAAAAAAUGACUGAGCUUCAGUUACUUCUUCGGGAAGAAGAGAGUUUGGCAAAAACCUUCAUUGAUGAAAAGACUCAGCAAGCCCUGGGAACACAUGAUCAGCGUUUGAGGUCCUGUCAAGAACAGCUUGAAGCCCUCGAGACCUUCACACAUCGAAUCAGACAAAUACAACAGGACAGUGAUCCUAUUCAUUUGCUGGAGAAGUACACAGAAAUUGAGAAGGAAAUUAAGGAAUCGAGGCACCCGUUAGAAAAGUGGCAUCCAAUACCGCUCUCGUUUGAACAUUUACUUAACCAUUAUAAACACUUCAUCAAAGCUCUUCAGUCCAUUCUACAGAAACCAUUGGAAGCCCGGCUUAAAGAAGAUGUUUUCAGUAGCCUCAAUCCCACUGCAAAGAAGGAGCCUGGGACAGUGCUGAAAACCAAGACUCGGGUUGAUCGGUUGCUGUUCUUAAAACAUGCAAGAUCACCAACCUGGGAAUACGACAGCAUUCACCCAAGACUGAAAUUGUCAGAUGACCGUCUCGAAGUAAGCUGUAGCUGGAGGAAAAUAUUUUACCCCUGUAGUCCCCAGAGAUUUGAUAAAUUAUGGCAAGUGCUAAGCAGAGACGCAUUCCUUUCUGGGAGCCAUUACUGGGAAGUUGACCUGCUUCGUGCUGGAGCAGGAUGGUGGAUUGGCGCAGCCUACCCUACCAUUGGCAGGAAAGGAGACUCUGAAGCCUGUCGACUGGGCUGGAAUAGAGCAUCUUGGUGCCUUAAGAAGUUUGAUUUUGAAUACUGGGCAUUUCACAAGGGAGAGAGAAUCCCCAUCCUGAUAGAAGAUGAUCCUGAUUGCAUUGGCAUUUUUCUAGAUUAUGAAGCAGGAAUCCUUUCAUUCUACAAUGUUAGCGAUGGCAUGGCUCAUUUGCACACCUUCUGCUGCAAGUUCACAGAACCAGUUUAUCCAGCCCUGAGACUCUGGGAAGGGACCAUUAGAACAUGCAAACUAACGUAAGAAACAAAGCAAAAUAAAGCCUACUAUUUAAUGCUUUUUCUACUAAUGCCACUUCAGCAAUUAUCUACAUGAAUUCAUCUCUGUUGUAUCAAAGUUGUAAUUAUGAUGCUUUUAGAAGGUAACAUAAAUUUAGGAAAACCAACUGUGAUUUUUAAUGUGUAUUUUUUUCAAUGAGGGAAUGUCACCUGACUUUUAUAAAUUAUAUUGAUAUACCACUCAAAGUGCAGUAUGUACUACUGUUGUACUUUUUUCAACUUGUAACAGUAAGUUCAAGAAAACUAACUGUAUUUUUUAAUGUGUAUAUGUUUUUCAAUGGGGAAAGAUGAUUUGACUUACAAAUGGUGUUGCUGUACCACCUGACGUGCUGUAUGUAGUAUUUUUCAACUCGCAAAAUGGAAGAAGUCAAGUUGAAAGAAACAUAUUACAGCCUGGAUCAUGGAUAUUCACUUUUUGAAAUUUUUUUAAAUGAACUCCCUCCUCUCAUCGGUCUGGAGAGGCUGUAGUUGUGUAUGGCAACAGGUUUAGUUUGGUUCAAGCUUCAAGAUUAUAUACUGCAUAUUGUUAUCAUUGACAAGGUCAAAUUUGGAUAAUAAAUGCACUAAGUGAAUUAGCUCAUA